UGCCAUUAGGCUACCCUCUGAGACCAGCCUGGCGGAGGGAAUACCCAACAGCAGACCACAUUCGAUAGAUAAGCAAAGUCCACAGAUCGGUUCAGUGCCGGGUGGUUCUCCGCAACCAGCCAUUCGCGAAUUCGAGAAAGAUGACGAGGUGCUAGUACAUGGGCUGGCAUAUAGUGAGAUGGAAACAUACGAUCCACAGUCGAAAAACUCCGGAAAUGAACCCCCGAGCAUAUGGAAACUCAUUUUUGUCACAGCUGGCCUGGGACUUGCAAUAUUAUGUUUAUCUUUGGAUAAUACGAUAAUCACAACUGCUAUCCCGAAGAUAACGGAACAGUUUAAUUCCCUGGACGAUGUCGGUUGGUACGGGAGUGCAUACAUGCUCACUACGUGUGCGUUGACUCUGCCAUUCGGCAAGAUUUACACAUUCUACUCGACCAAAUGGGUCUAUCUAAUCGCCUUGCUCAUCUUCGAGCUCGGGUCCCUGAUCUGCGGCGUUGCUCCUAGCUCGCUGGGAUUGAUCAUCGGUCGUGCCGUAGCUGGCAUAGGAGCCGCCGGUCUUUUCUCAGGAGCCAUUUUAAUCAUCACCCAGAUGGUACCGCUGGAGAAAAGACCAGCCUACCAAGGUGUCCUGGGAGCGAUGUUUGGCGUUGCCAGUGUGAUUGGGCCUUUGAUGGGUGGCGCGUUUACCGACAAUCUCACAUGGAGAUGGUGCUUCUACAUCAACCUGCCCUUUGGAGGCGCGACGGCCCUUAUUAUUAUCUUUCUAUUCGACGCGCCUAAGCCGGUGCAAGGUCGAUCUGGAGCGAGAGAUCAAAUAUCGCAACUGGAUCUGCCCAGUCUGGUCCUGUUCUUUCCGGCCAUUGUCUGCCUUCUGCUCGCGCUGCAGUGGGGAGGUAGUCAAUAUGCAUGGGGGAAUGGCCGUAUCAUCGCUCUGUUCAUUCUCUUCGGUGUAUUCAUUCUGGGCUUCGUCGCGAUGCAGGGAUACCGGGGUGACAGGGCCACGGUGCCUCCUCGACUGAUAAAGAACCGCAAUGUCUCCUGCGCUGCCUGUUUUGCCUUUUUCCUACUUGGGUCCUUCUACGGCAUUAUGUAUUAUCUCCCCAUCUGGUUCCAAUCCGUGAAAGGCGUCUCCGCCACCAAAUCCGGCAUCAUGAGUUUCCCCAUGGUCAUCGGAAUGGUCCUCGCCUCCGUCAUCGUCGGCUUCCUCGUCACCCGCUUCGGCUACUACGCGCCCUUCAUGCUCCUCGCUCCCAUCAUCACCACCGUCGGCGCCGGCCUUCUCUCCACCUUCGAAGUCGACUCCGGCCACCCCGUCUGGAUUGGCUACCAAGCCAUGCUCGGCAUCGGCGUCGGCACCGGCAUCCAGCAGCACAUGCUCGUCUACCAGGCCGUGCUGCCCCCCGUCGACGUCCCCACCGCCACCGCCAUCGGCAUGUUCCUGCAGACCCUCGGCGGCGCCGUCUUCGUCUCCGUCGCCCAGAACGUCUUCAAUAACCAGCUGCGCACGAAUCUGCAUACGAUGGCGCCGCAUGUAGACAGCGACAAGGUCAUCUCCGCGGGCGCGACUAUGCUCAGGAAGGUCGUGGAUAAGGUGGAUCUGGACGGUGUGCUGCGUGCGUAUAGCGACUCCAUCACGCAUACUUUCUAUAUCUCGGUUGCGACGGCCGCGAUGGCGUUCUUUGCGGCGCUUGGGGUGCAGUGGAUUUCGGUGAAGGGGAGGAGCAUGGAACCGGGCCAUGCAUAGGCAUGACAUGGCAUGGCAUAGGAGCGGGCGAGUAUGUGAGUAUAGUAUGAGCAUGCGAGCGUCGUCAAAGGGCUUGGUUUGUAGUUUGGAAGGAAGUAUGUUUGG